AUUAAUAUACGGUCGAGAAAGAAGGAAAGUGCGUGUCAACAGUAGCAGUCGCCCGCUGAAAGACACGCACGAUCGGACGGCGCAUUUAAAUUCCCCUUUAUCCGAAAAUUUGGGUUUCAAAGUCCUCGAGAUACGAGCCGCGCGUUCUCGUCAGUUAUAACUGUGUGUUCCGCUUUCGUUUGGCUAAACGUACCUCCUUCGAGUCCAGUUUUACAAGAAUAAAAAGUGAGCGAAUAAAAGUGAUUUCGAUCUCGAGGGCGCGAGAGCGACGUCUCGUCGCAGUUUGGGUCUCCUUUUUUGCAGGAUUCUCGCCAGCCAAAAGCUGCGAUCCGCCACAGCGAACGACAGAACUCUGAAGUCAAGGCGACCAGACGAGGAAAACUGACGUGCAAGCGAGAGUAAUCAGGUCGCAGCCAUGAAAACCGCGCUCACGCUGCAGCAAUUUAAAAAAUGCAUCAUCUCAUUUAUAGUGGGCAUCGCAUGCAGUACCUUGGCCUACGUAAUUUACGUCGUCGAUCCCGUGAGAGUGAUAAUGGAAUACAAUAUGCAGAUGAGACCGAACUCGUUUAUCUUCACGCUGUGGAAAAAACCACCUCUUGAUGUUUACAUAAACGUGUAUGUAUUUAACCUUACCAACCCGGUGGAGUUUUUAAACGGCAAAGAAAAGUUGAAAAUUCAAGAGAUCGGGCCGUAUGUCUAUCAAGAAAUCCUCGAGAAUAUUAACAUCACGUUUAACGACAAUGGCACUCUAACUUUCAUGCCGAAUCGAAAGAUAGUCUUCAUUCCUGAAAUGUCAAUUAGUGAUCCGAUAGAGGACUUCGUUCAUGUCCCGAAUGUACCUUUGCUGGGUAUCUCAUCCACUCUGCAUGAUGCCGGAUUUCUGGUGAACUACCCGUUGACACGACUGGCGAACAUGUUAGACUCGAAACCUAUCCUUAACAUUUCGGUUUACGAUUAUUUGUGGGGUUACGAGGAUACAAUGGUAACACUGGCUAGCGGCAUCUUGCCGAACUUCAUCAACUUUAAGAAAUUUGGCCUUAUGGACAGGAUGUACGACGAAGGGGAGAACAUUGUGACGAUGCACGUGCAGAAGAAUGUCGACAUGAAGAAUGAGAAAGGCAGAUACUUCAGCAUCGACAAGUACAACGGCAGUCCCGGAUUGGCGCAAUGGGGAUAUAUCGACACGGAAGACAAUAAGACGCGAGAAAAAAAUACGGUCUGCAACACGCUUCAAGGCGCCACGGAAUCCUUGUUAUUUCCGCCGAAUCUGGACAAAAGUGCCGUUUUCAGACUCUUUAGGAAAGCGUUUUGCCGACCGCUGCCGAUCAUAUUCAGGAAAGAAGUCGAGACGUACGGUCUGUCGGGGUAUUACUAUACUCUCAAGGAUGACUUCGCCGAUCCGGCCGAGUUGAAUCCGGAUAACAAAUGUUACUGCCGUAACAAUAUCUGUUUGAAGAAAGGACUGAUGGAUUUAACGCCGUGUUAUUACAAAAUUCCGGCGGCAGUAUCGCUUCCUCAUUUCCUUAACGCCGAUCCGAGCCUGCUGGAAGACAUAGAUGGCCUUAGUCCGAGCAUGGAAAAGCACAAGUCAUACUUAAUAGUGCAACCGACACUCGGUAUACCUCUGUACGCGCACUCGAGGAUGCAGACGAACCUGGUAAUGCAGCACACACGUUACAACUCCAAGAUCACACCUUUCAAUGGCAAGGUGAUACCAUUGUUCUGGUUCGACGUGUCUUUCACAAAAAUGCCGACUUCUCUAUUGAUCAUAAUCAAAUUGGUGGUGCAAAUACUACCGAUCGCGCAGAUUAUGUUGACAUGUCUACUCGGUAUCGUCGGGGUGACGGCGAUAGCAUGGUCGCUCGGUAACACUUUAAAGCUCAUCAAGGAACAACGGCAAAAACAACAGGAAGUGCCGGGUCACGUCGAGUCCGACAUAAAAAUGCCUUUGUACAACGGCCAACACGCUUCGAUCUCUAUUCUACCAACGAUCAGCAAGAUCACAUCGACGACAGAUCUAUUUAGUUAACUCGGCAUCGGUAGCGCACACAUUUUACGCACACGCAUAGUUCAAUAUCAACGAAAUACGGAAGAUCACCGAGAUGUCCCGAUUUUUUUUUCACUACCUGCGAUUGACGCGCGUCCCAAGACGGUUAGAAGUUCGGAAGCGAAAUCCCCCAUAUUUAAUUGCGAUUAUCUUCUGUAAUCCGCACGAUCGCACGACGGAGUGCACUGUGCAUCGUCGGCACAGAUGGCGAGAGAAGAAUUUAGACAAUGAUCUUUUCAACUCAUUUUCCAAGAAAAUUGCCUUAUAUGUAAUUUCUCGGCCAACUAUGAUGUUUCCUACGCCACUGCUUUAGAAGCAUUUUCAUUUAUAUUAAAAUGAGUUCAAAAUACGGGCCAAUAUAUAUAUGCAAUUACACACAAUUUACACAUAAAUACGUAUGUAUGCUUCAUUUUCAAGAUAUUUUCUAAUAUUAUGUUUUUAAGGGGGAGGGGAGGCAAAGGUUUUCUAUUUUGAAUGGCUAUCUUGAAGACUAUUUUUAUGAAUAUUUUCCUCAGGAAUGAGAACACGUAGGAUAACAGCAUUUACAAUAGUUUACAUUUACAGUAAUACUGUAUACGCUUACUUAUUUAUGUUUUAACUUUAACAAAUUUAAUUGUUAAGAUGUUUGGAUAGCAUAUUGUGUGGAUAUUAAUUAUUGAAUGUAGCACGUUGAAGAAGCUCGCUUGCACCGUCGUUACGCGGCUUCGCCGCUUCUAUUGAUCUGAAACAAACGAAUCUAGAAUGAUUUUAAUCUGUACAAAUGUGGCUACUGUCCCAAUCACAGUUAACAGUAUAGCUCAAUGUUUAACGAAAUGGCGAUCAUUCAAAUAUUAAUACCGAAUUUCAUUAUUUUUUCGACGUUUCCGAGUUGCGAAAAAAAAAAUUGGAGAAGAUAUAUUAUUAUAUAAGAAUAACAUCUUAUAAGAGGGACCAAUUUCGGCAUUAAACGAGCACUUAGAGAGCGCCUACAAUUUUUAUCUAUCUCGUGUACCGAGUUCUUUGAAUUUAUAAAAUACCAAAGAGUUCGAAUUUCGGCAAAUCGCUUUAGGGAAACUAUAUUCAUAAGACUAUUAGAAUUGAAAAUAUAUAAGGAACAAAAAUCGAUUUUUUUGACCCGUUAAAGUAGAAGAGCUUCUUAAGUUCACCACUUGGAAAUUGUAGACGAGCUCUCGGACAUUUUUAUCGAGAAAUGCGAUCUUCCGUUUAACUUUAAACUUAUCGCUCAAUAGAAAGAUUUUCUCUAACAAUUUUAUGGUGAACAUAUUAUUUAGAUUAAUUAAGGGCUGACAAUUUAAUUUUGUACGAGAAAUAAGCGGUAAUUAUUUAGUUUAUAUAUUUUAGUUUAUGUAUUUAGAUUAUCUGGCAAUCGUAAAUUGUCGGUUUCACGAGAAAGAGAGAAAGAGGAAUGUUGCAUUUUUAUCGUUAUUAAGUUAAAAUAUGUAGUUUAUGAGUACGCGGAACUAACAUAAUUCCUUAGUUAUGACGGCUCAAAUAUACAUACUGAAUAAUAUUAGGCUCUCGAGCGAUCUACUAUCAAAUGAAAACAUAGAAAGAAUCUAUAAUCAAGUGAAAACAUAUAAGAGCCGAAUGCAGGAUGUUGGUACGAAUAAACUUAUAUUGGAGGAUAAUAUGUUUGACGGUGUUAUCACACGAGCUGACGGAUUUUCAAUGUACGCGGAGAAUCUCCUUUCUACAUCAAGUCAAAUCCGUAUCCCAAUUAUUUAAGGGAGAUUAUUGCGAAGGAAAUUCCCCGCGUAAAACGUUAAAAGUCUGACAAAUUCCUCAGCGCGUGCGAUAUUACUUUAUAGAUUUCUUUCUAUGUUUUGAAAUAUACAUAUUUAGUUUACUUUAUUUUUACGUAAAAUUACUGAGAUAUUAUUACUAAUAAUGUAGAUUGUUACCUUCUGCGUAAAUUUACUUUAUAGCACGAGAGAGAAAUAAAUAUUAGUUUUAAUAUAUUUUUAUGUAAUUAAAGUAAUAUACAUAAAUUAAAAAUAUUUCUCGAAUCGAAUCUCACAAAAAUAGAAUUCCUUCUGCCGCAAUGAUUAAUAUGCAGCAUUCAGAUUUAACACUUUGCGGGCCGCGCAUUUAUCGAAGCGCCGUUACGCUGCCGCCGGCGAGAUUCACGCAGGUUCUACUGUUCGCCAACGGUGAUAUUUACGCAAUUUUUCGAUACAUAAGUAGUUGGUAUAUAAUUAUUAAUAAAGAAGGCACUAAAAUAACUGUUACACUAUUUUUAUUCCAAUUAUAUUGGUAUUGGCAUUUUGAGGGAUAUCUAACGUAAGUUUCCUAUAUCUGAAGGUAGCGAAAGACAACCUCAAACUGACAAAACAAGCGUCUGCGAAAAAAGAUUUUAAUAAUAGACAGUCUGUUGAAUUGGGAGAGGAAAACAGUUGAAAACAAUGUUUCCUGAUCGUCAAACCAUCACGCCAGCGUGAUAGCGGCCGAUAACCGUUGGCGAGCAAAAGUCACGCCAGUGUGACAGCGGCCCGCAAAGUGUUAAUAUUAUGCUGAAAUCGAUUUUCGACAUUUAUUCAAGUUAAAAAAAAACAUAUCUUUUUUUCUCAUUUGUGAACUAACUAUAAGAAUCUUUAAGCGUCACAGCAUAAGUAGAAAAAUAAAAUGUGAUAGAAAUAUAUAUAUUUUUGUAUGAAAUAUCAAAACUUUUGUUGUCGAUUUAUUUGAGAUUCCUAAAUAGAUAAA